AUGAAGAUUCCAUCUUCAUGGGUGAUGUUGUGCAUGAUGCUUAGUGUUUUUGUAGUUGAAGGGGAGGUGUCGGCGGUGGCUCCAGCGGUGGCGCCAGCGGCCGAGUGUUGUAAUGUGAUGGAGUUGGUUCCAUGUGCGAAUGCCUUCACCACCUCAACGCCACCCUCAGCAGAGUGCUGUGAAAGACUGAGAAAGCAACAACCACCAUGCAUUUGCCAGUACAUCACUGACCCUGCUCUUGUGGGUUUAAUCAACACUCCCAAUGCCAAGAUGGUUAGUGACAGUUGUGGCUCCCCUAUGCCUAACAAUUGCUAA